GGUUACCCUUAGCGCAAACUUAGCUAGCUUGGUUAGCACUGCCAGCUUAAUAACGCUACGUUAGUUGUCCGCUGCGACUAUUGCUUUUCACGGUAGUUAGACCAAAUGAACCGCGGCGAGUUACCGAAGGAGUUCAGACCUCUCAGUCACGCAGCGCCAAGGGCAUGGCUUGCCUCCGGCAAAGCAAAGCGCUUCUCUGAAAAUCUGUAUUGAGUCUGUGACGGAAUACAUGGAGGAGGCAAAGCAAAACACUUGCAAAAGCCAAGGAUUAAUCAUUGUUGUUGUGGCCAUGGAAACUACUGUAUAAUAGGACGAUGUUGGAUAAAGAGAAUUUAAGAGAAUUGCAUAACCAUGUCCGUGGUCCAAGAGAACAAGAUGCUAAAAACAUCAGAGGAGUUGCGCAUCUUGGGUGAUGACCAGUCCAAGAUCUCUACUCUUAAAGGCGGGGAUAUCCAGGCUGCGGCCAUUCACCCACGGGACCUCAAUAAAAUUCAUAUACCGAAGCCACCCAAGGGCCGUCAAAAACCAGCACUUAUGGCUUGUGUGCGUAAGACACAUCCAGCUGAUGAAGUUAGAGGUGCUGUGCGAGGGCCAAUGGCUCAUCCAGUGAAUCUGGACCCUGACUCUCAACCUCUGGACUACACAGGAUCAGAAGGGCUUCGGUUUGAUGACCAAGGGAUGGUUCUUCCACACAGCAUCCUGGGUAGUUUAGAGGAUUUCAGAAGUUUUCUGGAGGCUAAAGGGGAGACAGCGUUGGUACAGCGAAUACCAACGUUAAGGAGACCUGCUCCAUCUGAGGCUGUGGAGGAUGCGCGUGGGAUCCCUUCAGGCCACAAAAACAUUCAGAGUAAUGCCCUGCAGCAUUGGCAUACGCAUAUGACGCAGCGCAGAUGUCAGCAGGACCUCUUAUCUGACUUGCUCGACAGGCCAGUGGAAAACUUACUGAUGAACCAAGCUCACAGUUUCAGAGAAACUCAGGAGCAGAGGGAGUUUCUAAACCAAGUCAUGCCACUCAUCCACUCUGGAUAUGGUUACCGUGUGGGCAGUGAGUUUUGGAGUCUCCCCCCGCGUUAUGGAGAUGAAAUGAGUGGCAUCUCAGCCACUCUGACUCAGACGGAGCGGGGCAAACGGGAGCCUGUCACACACGUAGGACAACCGAGAAGCAUACGCCGGGAAACAGGAAUAAUUUGUGCUGAGACUAUGCGUCGAGCCUCUCGGACUUGGGACCAGAGCGCAUACCUGCAGCACCGGCGCCAGAACCUCAAAGAGGUUCUACAGGACAUGGACAUCAGAAAGCCGGAGAUCAACAGACUGGAGGUUAUUGGCUCUGGCAAGCCAUUCACUUUUGUCACAGUGUGUCGUGAUCCCUUACUGGAGAAGGAGGAAGAGGAGACAGAGCACAAGAUGAAGAAGGAAAACCCUGAUCCACUGGCACAGUAUGAUGAUGUUCGGUCAGAUGCUCUGCUCAUUCCUGCCUUGAGGUUCUGUGGUCAGCUUGCUAGCUGGACUGGAAACUCUACCACUGACCAGGGAGAAGUAGGAAUCAGUGCCAGACUAAUCUUUGAGGCCCUGACUGGUGAAAUAGCCUCAUCCCACCUGGAGCUGCAAAAUGAGGGCAGCACGGCCGUCUUCUACAGCUGGCAGCAGUUUCCCAUGCCACGCGCCUUUCCUAACCUGCAAUCACGAACAAAGAGUCUGCACUUCUAUUUCAACUCCUCCUCUGGCGUGAUCCGUCCAGGUGACACCCAGCGUGUCGAGUUCAUAUUCAAGUCAGAGGUGCCAGGCAUCAAAUCUGAACUAUGGCGGCUCAACACCCACCCUGUGCUGCUGCGAGGAGCCUCCAUGCAGGUCACACUGAGGGGAGUGGCUCUGUACCAGGACAAAACCGCAGACCAGAGGCUUUUCAUAGAGACAAAGCUGGACAAGGUAGUGCAGGUAAAAAUGUGUCGGUCGAUUGUGUAUGAGGUGCUGCGGGGGGUCCACACCCCAGAGAGGCCCAGCUCUCCUGCAGAACUCCACGUCACUGAAGAGCAAGAGUUUUUAAGCAAAAACCCCAAGUUGCGGUACCUUCAUCAGCCAUUAGAGGACCUAAAGAGACUGUGGCUGGAAGUGCAUCCGGAACGCACCUGGGACCUCUCUGUUGAUACGCUCCGACAGGUUGUGCGGUCUCUGCCCGAGCAAGAGUCAGCUCAGGAAAACAGCCUGGCCCAGCUCAACUCCCUGCUUCUGCAGCUUUCUGAACCAUCUCCACUGAAACACCACCAGCUAACAGCAGCAGCUGUAGGGCAGCAGCUGUGGAGGAAACUGCUUGACACCAUGACUGAUGAGGCCAUGUGGCUCCGAAACCUGCUGGGCCUUCCAGACACAUUGUUCGAUAAAAAGGAGGAAUCACCAAUCUCUGAUGCUGAUGUGGCCGAUGACAAAGGUGAGAAGAGUGAGAAAAAGGGGGAAACAGCAGCUAAAGAGGAGAGGAAUGAGGCGAAGCCCAGAAUUAAAGAUGACAGCAAAGGGGAGUCCAAGUCAGCAGCAACUGAAAAAUCAGUGGAGGACAGCAAAAAAAAGGGGAAAAGAAGAGAGGAAAUAGGGAAACGUACUAAGGAAAAGCAAGGGAAGGAAUCGGCCUUGCUGACUGAUAUCCCUCCAGACACCGUCAGUCAACAACCUCCUGAUAAGCAAAUAGAGAGAGUAGAGUCGGAGGUGAUGGACACUUACACAAGGCUCCUGCACAAAAAGGUUUAUGCUCUGAUGGAAGACCUGGUGGACAACCUGUGUGACCUGAUGGAUGAGCUUAAUGAGGGAGAUGAACAGGACACACACACUAUUAAUUAACACGUGAGAGGCAGAAAGUAUACAAACAAAUGUAAAAAAAAAAACAAACAAAAAAACACAUUCCCAAAUGUCCUGUUUUUAUACCUUCUUUUUGUUGUGAAAUCAAUAAACUUUUUUUAUUCUUCUUGCA